UGUUUCGCAGAACCCAAAUCAAAAGAAAUAUACGAAAUUUUUGAGUGUCCCGAAUUUGGCUUAGAGCUUAAAUUAAAUAUAACUAUUGAAAAUGCCGAACAAAAGUUUGAAAAAGAAAUGAGAUUACGCCCGGGGUUCACAGAAAAUUUUAAGGAGAUUAAACUUACCGCCACUUCAAUGACUGUUCCUCCUAUACCAGCAUUGGGGCGUUCAAUACUAACAGAUGGUAAUCGAUUUGCCAUAAUCACAAAAGAACAAGAAAAUUCCGCAAAAAGAGUCUUUUGCCCUAAUAUUAAUGAAGCAGCCAAAUUUAGCUCAAAAUGUAUAAUGAAAAAGGAAAUAUGCAAAUGUGAAAAAAGGAAAAAUAAAAUAAUGUGUGGGAAGCAAAACGGGCCUUAUUUGAAAGAUAUUUUUAUGGGAGAAAAGGUUUUACCCUUGGUACACAAUGGACUACUUUUAAAAAAUGAGAAUAAAGAAAUAGUGGCAAUUCCGGAACUCACGGCGGCCAUUCUCCAGAUUAGAUUAGCGGGUGUUAGUUUCAAAGCCCAGAUCGAAUUAAAUACUUGUAAAAUAACCCCAUAUGAGAUUGUUGGUUGUUAUGGAUGUGAAAAAGGGGCCACCUUUAAGUUACUAUGUCUUACAGAUUUCGGGCGGACUUUAGCCACUUUAAUAUGCCCUUCUUUUACCAGUGCCGUCACAUGCGAGCCAACAGCCAACAACAAAACACUCUCUCUACAUUUUGACCAUGCUGAUGUUGAUGAGAACUGUGAGGCCUUUUGCCCAGCUUCGACUACACGAUUUAAAAUUUUUGGAAAACUUUCCUCCCCAGAACUGGUUAUUUUUGAUUCUAGAAAUUGGGAUUGGACCGCAAGAAAAGAUAUUACUCCGAAAAUAGAUUGGCUGUCAAUUAUUAAAAAUUUUGUUUUUAAUGCACAUUUCCCCACACUAAUUCUCUCUCUUUCUAUUGGCGGUAUCCUAAUCUACUUUUUGGCACCUUUUCUUCUAACACUUCUUUUUGCCAUCUUCUCUUUCCUAAUUAAACUUCUUUGUCUCCGGAGUGUCGGCAACAGCCGAAAAUGA